UAGAGACCGUUGGUGGGGCUCAACCCUAUUGUCCAAAUGGCAUUCGGGUGUGCUUCUCUCUACAUCCGAUUGGCCGCCUUUCUAUCAUCCGUCAACCCUAGCGUCAGCUGGUGGCAGUCGGUAUCUCAGCGUCACCUUAGAACCGCCGACAAAUCUUCAGCUUCAGCAGCUACGGUGGUGGCAACACACUGUCGACAUGCCGUCGUCGUGGGAUUGGCUGCAGCGUCCUCACCGAGACCCGAUACCUCCGUGUGCGUUCCUGCUUACCUGCCUCUCGCGUCUUUUGCCGCGAGCCUGCCCUGCAGGAGGAAUGCUCCACGUUGCUGUCCGCUAUCGACCGGUUACCCUGGCAUCUCGUCGUCGGACACCAUCGUGCCUCUUGGUCGUCGUACCCUCGCUACCUCGACGUGGAGGUGGUGAGCAGUCAGCGUGAUGAGCACCACGUCGGAAGCUCGGCGGCAGCUUCCGCUUGCUCGGGGAUGACAGCAUCGGCACCGGUCGACUCAUCCGAGGCGUCUCGCGUCUAUUUCGGAAGGUCCACGAGCCACGCUCUCGGAGACACUCCCUCGAGGACACAUUCUCGGGUCUCGCCGCGCGCUGAAGAGUGAAGCGGCCUCAGCCGGAAGGACCCCCCGGUAGUUACCGCCUCUGCGAAGCUUCGGUUCGCGACGGACCUCGAUAUUCUGGACAUGCAUACCGACACCAUGUCGACGGCGUGUCGCGUCGACCGGCGUGAGAUUCAGGCGAACACGGCGCCGGAGGUAUCCCUACACGGUUUGACUCUUUGUCAAUACCACAGUUCCCCGAUCCCCGAAAGAUGCAGAUCAACCUUACAGGCUUCCUGAACGGGAGAAAUGCCCGUUCGUUCAUGGGCGAACUGUGGGACCUCCUGGUCUCCGCUCAGGAAAGCGUCACGGGCAUUCCUGAGGCUUUCUUGCAGCAAAAGAAAGAUCAGAUCAAGAAGCGUUUGGAAGAGCAAGAGAAGCUUCAAGCAUCGCUGGCGGAGAAGGAGAAGGAGAAGGAGCGCGAAAAAGAGAAAGAUGACGCCGAGAAUAAAGUGAAGAAGGACGAGAAAGAUCGUGGCUCGUCGAAGGAGCGUAGGAGGGAUCGAAGUCGAGAUCGUGACCGAGAAAGAAGCAAAAGGAGCAGAUCACGGGAUCGACACAGGGAUCGCGAUCGAUCAAGCCGCAAGAGGAGGUCCGCUUCUAGAUCGCCGAGCAAGAAUUCACUGAAAGACAACGGGAAGGAUAUGCCAGAGGUUAAGAUCGAACGGGAAGACUCACCACAACCGGAAAAUGCAAUACCUUUGAUGCCAGUUAAAACGAAGCCGGAAGCAGCGGUCGCGAUAUCAAGAUUACAGGCGAAAUUGAUGAGCAUCGCCGAUGGAAAGAAGAAGAACAACCGCACGCCGUCGCCGGAGUCGGUGGAGAAGUCUGCGAAGAAAUCACGAUCCAGAUCGAAGUCGCCGGCGAGUCGUUCGAAGAAAUCCAGAUCCAAGUCGCCCAGCCGAGACUCGAAGGCGCGCCGGUCCCGAUCGCCCGCCUCGAAGUCCAGACGGUCUCGCUCCAAGUCGAGGUCCCGAAGAUCACACUCCAAGUCCAGAAGAUCCAAGUCGCACUCACAGGACCGCGCCAAGUCCAGGCGCAGCAAGUCCAAGUCGCCGAGGUCGCGCUCGCGCUCCCGCUCGAAGAAGUCGCGUUCCAAGAGCGACGAUCGCAGCAAGACGAGGAAAUCGAGAUCCGAGUCGAGCGACUCGAGAUCCUCCAAGUCCCGCUCGAAGUCGCCGGACAAGCGGAAGGACAAUGUCUCGAACCGGAAGCGCGACGGCAGCACGAGCAGCAGCUCGGAAUCCGAGGAGGAGAAAGGCGCGAAGGACAAGAACGAUUUCGAGAUACGAAAGAAAAAGGACGGCGUGCAGGCCAAGCGAUCGUAUCGGAAGACCAACAAGGACGACAGCGGCAGCGACAGUGACUCCAGUCGCGAGAGGAAAUCCGCUCCCAAGAGGAGGAGCCCGUCGCCGCGCAAAGGAGACCGGGGACGCUCCAAGGACAGGGGCAGGUCGCGGGACAGAUCGCGGGACAGAUCGUCGCGGGAUAGAUCGCGCGAUAGAUCGCGCGACCGCAACCGAAGGAGAUCAUUGGAGCGGGAUCGCGACAGGAGACGCGAACGGGAGCGCGAGAGGGAGCGGGAGAGGGAGAGGAUGGACCGGUACAGCGGCAGCCGCAGUAUGCGGCCACCUUCGGUCCGCAGAGCGCCCAGCAGACGCAGUCCGCCGCGGAGGAGCCCGGCACGAUACCGGCGCAGAUCACCGAGUCCCGGCGACAGGCGGCGCAGAAGGUCUCUGGACCGCAGAAGACGAUCGUCUGAGCGACGCGACCGGCGUCGGUCGCCCGAUCGCCGUGACAGCCGACGUCGCUCGCCGGAUGGACGGGACCGAUCGAGCAGGUACGAUAGAUCUUCCUCUCGCGACAGAUCGAGUAGGCGGGACCGUUCCAGAGACCGGCGGGACAAGGAUCGUAGAUCUAGAUCGAAGAAUCAUAGAUCGGGUUCCAAGGAUCAGAGGUCGCCGGUGGAUCGUACGAGGGACGGGAAACGGUCCCCCGAUCGUGCGAAGGACGCCAAGGAUAAUAAGGCGAGAGACAAGAAAGCGGAUGAGAAAGCUAAAAAACCGGCCGAUACAGGAUCGCGAAAAGAGUUGCGAAACGGCCGGUCUAAGUCGAGUAGCUCGGAAGGUAGCGAGAGUAGUUCCUCUAGCAAUGAGGACGAGUCACUUAGGAAAUCGGCCGAACGUAAGACGUCGCAGGAGAAGCGAGAGCAUACCGACGACCCCAAGAAGAAGGAGAAGGAGAAGGCGGUGAAGGAAGUGAAGGAGGAACUUGCCAAACGGCCGGAGAAGGAGCUCAAGAAGAUAGAGCCUGUCGUUGUAAAGAAGCCGGAGCCCAGCGUCUCCCCCAAGAAGCUUCAAGCUGCUUCGCUUCCUGUUACAAGACAUCGAUUUUCGAAGAGCCUGUCGCGUACACCGUCGCCGUUCAAGAAGACCGAAGAUAUCGUGGCAGCAGCGGCUAAAAUCAAACAAACGAUCAAGGAAGACGUUAAGGAUGAUUCGCCGAAGAUCGGAGAAGCAGGUUUCCCUAUUGGAGAUGCUUUCCCCUUGAAGAAAGACGACAAAUCCUUGAAGUCAACGAAAUUAAUAACAGAAGACAAGAAGUCUGCUCAGAAACCGUUGGAACCUGCAUUAUCCAAGAAACCCGUGGAAGUGGCUAAGAAAGCGAAAAGAGAAAAGCGCGACGGUUCCACGGACAGUGAAGACAGCGAUGUCGAAGACAAGAGAAAGUCGAGAAAGCUGGAAAAGCCAAGGAAAUCCAGAAAAGGAUCGACGGACGAAGAUAAGUCUGAUAAGAGCAAGGCGGAAUCCAGUUCGGAUUCCGACGAUGACAGAAAACAUUCGGACAAGAAUAAAAAAACUAGAGAGAUUGUUAGACCUGAUUCCUCGACGGACGAUCGUAACAAAGAUCGAAAGGACAGCAGAAAACGCGAAAUUAGCGAGAACGAUUCGCGAAAACGCUCGAAGAAGGAGACCGAAGAGGAAAUGAAAAAAUCAAAAAGACCGCGAAAAGACUCAUCCUCGGGCGAGGAGGAGCAGAAAGCCGCCAAGAGGGGGAGGAGCGAAGAUGAUAGAUCGAGAUCUCGAAAGUCAAGGAAGGACUCGAGCUCCGACGAGGAGCCCAAGAAGACGAAGAAGAGACGGGAUACUUCAUCGGAUGAUGAGAAGUCUCGAUCGCGAAAAUCGAGGAAAGAUUCGACGAGCGAGGACGAAUCCAAAUCAAAAUCAAAGAAAUCCAAGCGUGACUCCAGUUCUGAAGACGACGAUGUCGCGGACAAGGACGCGAAGAAGAAGAGGAAGGUUGACGACAGUUCGGACGACGAGAAGGUGAAGAAGAAGCGUAAGAAAAAGGCGAAAACCAGCACCAGUGAGUCCGAGGAGAGCGAGAUCGAGGAGAAGAAGAAGAAGAAGGAGAAGAAGCAUAAGAAACAUAAGAAGCAUAAGAAGCACAGGAAGCACAAGAAGAAGAAGGUUGCCGAUUCAGAUGAGUCUGACGUAAGUGAAGGUAAUACCGAGGAGCUGGAAAAGAAACUUCGGGAAAAAGCGCUAAAGUCGAUGAAAAAGGGACACAGCAUUGAACGAAGUGAUUGAGACAUUAAUGUGUGACUUCCGAGGAUGUGUGUCGGGAAAUCGUACAUUUGUAUCGCGAGAUACUCUCGUUGUGUGCUGCAGAUACGAACUCUUAUUUCGUAUCGGUUGGAUUGGAUUGUUAUUCUCUAUGCAUCACUCAAUCCCUUCGUGACAAGGUCGAACGACACUCCUGGUGUUACGAUAAUUCCUUCUCGCACGCGCGGAGAACAUUGCGACUUCACUUUUUUCUCUUUUCUUUUUUCUCUCUCUCUCUCUCUCCCUUUUAAGUUUACACUCUACUUGUCGGAAUUACACGACAAUUCAUUAUAUCGUAUCAGUAAACGGGCAUAGUAUGCUAUUCAUACCUGACAUUGAAAUCGAGAUUUUACAUUUCCAUAGAGUCCGACGAGAAUAUAGAGUUGAUGAUGAUACGAUCCCUUUCGAAGUUCUUAGGUUCCUAAGUACGAUUAAGUGGAUUGAGGACUCGUAUACACGACGAUCUGUUUUAUCGUUCAUUUGUAUAAAACUUGGUUCUCGGCCCAGUGUUUAAAGAAUAAUAAAUAACGUAAUGGAUGAUGAUAUUACAGCAACAUUACACAAGCCGCAGAACUAUCAAACAUCUAUCCACGCUCCCGAUUGACACGAUCAUUUCUAUUUUACAGUGAACUGCUAAUUUCUUCUAGACUUCAGAGUCGCCAUACCGAAUUUGCAUACGUGAUGUAGCUUAUUUAAUAAUUCACGUAUAUUCUCUAGUACUGAAAGGUAAAAUACACAGCAUUGAGAAUUAUAA